GGGAGUUAAUACAGUUCACAUGAUAUCAUAAUCAUCACAAACCAGGGUCAGAAAUGAUCCUGAUACAUCCAAAGAGACAGACUAUAAAAUAUGUCAUCCACAAGAAGCCAAUAAUCUAAUCCAUGACUAUUAUAUCCAGCAGCUGAUAACAGCGGCCUGCGCUUCUGUGAAUGACUUCAUGCCAACGCGGGAGGACGAGGACACAGCGGGGUGACAUAAUAUACAACGCUAUUUAACACUUCCAUUAAACCCACCAAGGUUUCUUAACCUAUUCCGUGCCAGUAUGCUCAACCUAUGCCUUGACGUCCGCUUUUCCCACUGGCGGUGUCGUCUCUUAAUGUCACAUCUCUUGACGCCUCUUGUACGUUGCGGGGAAGAGCUUUUCUACAACUUAUCCACCCCUCGUUGGCCAGCCAAGAUGGAAAACGACACCUGGGAGAACUCAACAAGCCUUCCCACCCUGUCUUCCAACACCACUGAGAAAGUUUCGGGCCAGUAUCAAACAAUGGAGAUGAUCUUUAUUGCCACGGUGACAGGUUCUCUCAGCUUGGUCACAGUGGUAGGAAACAUCUUGGUAAUGCUCUCCAUCAAGGUGAACCGCCAGUUACAGACAGUCAACAACUACUUUCUCUUUAGCCUGGCCUGUGCUGACCUCAUCAUUGGCGUAUUCUCCAUGAAUCUCUACUCGGUGUACAUUAUAAAGGGCUACUGGCCACUUGGACCCAUUGUGUGCGACCUAUGGCUGGCUUUGGACUAUGUGGUCAGUAAUGCCUCCGUGAUGAACCUUCUUAUCAUCAGCUUUGAUCGAUAUUUUUGUGUCACCAAACCAUUGACCUACCCAGCUCGAAGAACCACAAAGAUGGCAGGGUUGAUGAUUGCAGCGGCCUGGCUACUCUCCUUUGCACUCUGGGCACCCGCCAUCUUGUUUUGGCAGUUUAUUGUGGGAGAGAGGACAGUGGAAGAUAGGGAAUGCUACAUUCAGUUUCUUUCCAACCCUGCCGUUACAUUUGGCACAGCCAUUGCUGCCUUCUAUCUUCCUGUGAUUAUUAUGACCAUCCUCUAUAUUCACAUUUCAUUGGCCAGUAGAAGCAGAGUUCGUCGACAUUGUCCAGUGACAAAACCGGAGAAGAAGAGUAAACCAAUAAGCUCAAUGAAAAGCCCCCUCAUCAAGCAGACAAAGAGCCUUCCUAAAUCCGAGGUAGUAGAAGGAAAGAUAGAAGGGGAGAAUGGGGUAAAAAAUGGCAAACUAGAGAAGUCAUUGACCAACCUCCAAUCUGUGGAAGAAAAAGAAACCUCGAAUGAAUCUAGUUCUGCUAGCAUGACCAACCACCCUCAGGAUAAGCAAACAAUCGAUCCAUCUUCUGGUGUCGUCUUGGCUCCAACUCAAAGCUUGCAACAAUUGCAACCGAGGGUCAAUGCCACCUCGAAGUGGUCCAAAAUUAAAAUUGUGACAAAGCAGACGGGCAAUGAGUGUGUGACAGCCAUUGAGAUAGUUCCUGAAUGUUCAAUACCUCUUCACCAAGAUUCAGGCCUGCCCAACACUCGUCCGGCCAACGUGGCAAGGAAAUUUGCCAGCAUAGCUCGUAAUCAAGUAAGGAAAAAAAGGCAGAUGGCAGCAAGGGAGAAGAAAGUCACCAGGACCAUCUUUGCUAUACUGCUGGCUUUUAUUCUCACCUGGACGCCUUAUAAUGUGAUGGUCCUGAUAAACACUUUCUGCGAAACUUGUAUCCCAGAAACUGUGUGGUACAUAGGCUACUGGCUCUGCUAUGUGAACAGUACUAUAAACCCAGCUUGUUACGCUUUGUGUAAUGCCACCUUCAAAAAGACCUUCAAACAUCUCCUCAUGUGUCAGUACAAGAACAUUGGCAUGGCCAGAUAGGCUCCAAGAAUGAACUAUGCCCGGGGUUGAUGGAAGAGAUUAAGGAACUAUAUUGAAAGAGCAUGUUCAGGGCUGCAAAAAUUUUCGUAGACAUUCUUGGAAGCCCCAAUUUGGCUGUGAGGAUUGCAAGUAGAUAAGUCGAAUGCAGUCAACACUGUUUUAAGAAAUAAGUCCUGUUUUGAAGGAUAUGUGUAAGUAAAGAGUGGAGCCACAGUUUUGUCCAUCAAUGGUGGACAUCUAAGAGUCAGUGGACAUAUGUCUUAAAGAAUCACACUCAUUCUUGUGUACUGCUGGCUGGAGAUGUAUCAGGAGACUCAAUCACCAGGUCAGCCGGUUACCAGGAGUCAUUAUCCAGCUGCUCAAAACUUUCCACAUGCCUUGGUUCUCCAGAGCAUUGAUCCGUUUAGGUGGCUUCUCAAUGUUCUUCUAGAUAUGGGCAGUUCUAGAUAUAGGCAUAAUAUUUAGUACUGGUUUCUCGUGAACCCUUCUACAGCUGUAGUCUUACCAAGCAUCUCCCUUCUGCCCAUUUUAUCUGGUAUUUUUUUGAAGGCUACCACUACUCAAACCUUUGGUGUGACCUCUGGUAACUUGAGCCUUCAAUGAUCUCUCUUCCAGAGAUAUAACGUUUCUCUGAUGUCCAUGGCUCACAACCACCACCUGUAGAUAGGUCUUUGGGUUGGUCUGAUCUGAUUAUUCAAAAACUAUGUCUGGAGCUUGUUACAGGGAGGACCUUGAGAACUCCGGCCCUUCUAUUCUGGGACAUCCAGUUGUCUCUCUAUAUAUAUAGGUGAUUUAUAUAUGUACAUACAUAUGGCUAUCAUACAUCUGGCCUAUAUAGUUAAGCAAAUGAUAAUUUUUUUUAAAGGAUAAUAACCCAUGUUGAGUACCAAAUGAAUGAUUCUGUGAUAUUGGGCCACGUUUUUUAACGCAUUAGCUUAGUGUGUCCACUAAAAUCAUGCCACAGUCCCAGUGUCCCAAUGAAAAAUCUGUAACAAGCCCCCCCCCCCAACCAUGUGCCAUGUAUGGUACCAGUGUCUUCUUAUGUGGCAGAGGGGAGUUUGGACCCCCUUGACUACUACCUCUGCAUCCUGGGAGGACUAGCAUUGCCCCUGCCGAAAGCUGAUGGAAAUCCAAGGGGUCCUGCAGUAGAGUCCUCAACUUAAUUUGUGUUGUCCACAGAUCACAAAAGAUGUUCAUAUCAUUGACCCAGAUAUUAUGACUCUACCAUUUAACCAGUAUAAGCAUAUCGAGAAGAGGCAUCAGUACUAGAUGGGAGUGCCAAUUCAAGUGCCAUUCCAAAUGGGACUAUUAAACAUUCAGAUGUAGUUCAUGUAGGACACAAGAUUAAAGGGGUACUCCGGUGGAAAAUAAUUUAUUUUAAAUCGACUGGUGCCAGAAAGUUAAACAAAUUUGUAAAUGACUUCUAUUAAAAAAUCUUAAUCCUUCCAGUAUUUAUCAGCUUCUCUACAGAGGACGUUCUUUUCUUUUUGAAUUUCCUUUCUGUCUGACCACAGUGCUCUCUGCUGACACCUCUGUCCAUGUCAGGAACUGUCCAGAGCAGGAGCAAAUCCCCAUAGCAAACAUAUGCUGCUCUGGACAGUUCCUGAGAUGGACAGAGGUGUCAGCAGAGAGCACUGUGGACAGACAGAAAAGAAAUUCAAAAAGAAAAUAAAUU